GCCAGUCUUGUAUUUCCUUCGAAAUUAUCACUGCUCACUUCCUCCUUCCAACCUUAUCUUCUUCUUCUGCUCCUCACACUCACUCACAGACCACAAUGGCAGGCGAAGAUGAUGAACAGAAAAACCCAGCGCGAGAAGACCAAGUCAUCUCCGAGGAAGACUCGGACGAGUCCGAGUCGGACACGGACGAUUCGUCCUACUACACGGACUACUCGGAUGAGGAAACCCUCACGUAUGUCCGACCAGGAGACGAGCGGCCCGCGUCCGAGAACACAGCGGAGGCGAACAUAAAGCGGUUAAACCGGAUACUGGAUAGCAAUUAUUUUAAGAAGCAGCUGGAUCAGGAUGACCGGGAAAUGGUGAACGAAAAGGAUGUCUUUGAUUUCCCCAGAGACCCGGAGAACUGGACGGAGGAGGACCUGAAGGAGAUCUGGGCGGACGCUCCGCUGGCAAUGACCAAACCCGGAUGGGACCCUGUCUGGGCCGAUGAGGAUGACUGGGAUGUCAUGAGGGAGGAGGUUAAGGCUGGGCGGGACCCGCCUAUUGCGCCAUUUUACUUGCCGUAUCGGAAGCCGUACCCGGUUAUACCGGACAACAACUACGACAUAGCGACCCCCAAGGCGGCGGUCGAGGAGUUGGAUAGGAUCGAGGAGUUUCUCAAAUGGGUCAGCUACAUUUUCGCGGAUGGCAGCUCGUAUGAAGGCACAGUUUGGGAUGACUUGGCACAUGGAAAAGGUGUAUUUGUUGCUGAACAGGGGCUUGUCAGGUAUGAAGGUGAAUGGCUUCAAAACCAAAUGGAGGGCCAUGGGGUUAUUGAAGUUGACAUACCCGAUAUAGAACCUGUGCCAGGCUCCAAGCUUGAAGCAAAGAUGCGUGCUGAAGGGAAAAUAAUAGCAAGGGAUUAUAUGACCCCGGAGGACAGAGAAUGGCUGGAGAUGGAUAUCGAAGAUAGCAUUCGUCUUGCUGACGGGGUGUAUGAAGUACCAUUUUAUGAAAGGGAUGAGUGGAUCCAAGAGUUUGGGAGGAAACCGGAGAAGGGUCGAUACCGAUAUGCUGGUCAGUGGAAGCAUGGCAGAAUGCAUGGAUGUGGUGUUUAUGAUGUCAAUGAGCGUACCAUAUAUGGUAGGUUCUACUUUGGAGAGCUAUUGCAGGAUUCUACUGGUUGUGAUGAAGAUACUUGUGCGGUGCAUUCAGGUAUAGCGGAAGUAGCAGCUGCUAAGGCUCGAAUGUUUGUUAACAAGCCUGAUGGAAUGGUUAGGGAAGAGAGGGGACCAUAUAGUGAUCCUCAACAUCCCUAUUUCUAUGAAGAAGAAGAUGUUUGGAUGGCACCAGGCUUCAUUAACCAGUUCUAUAAGGUCCCAUAUCUUUGGGAAAGAUAUGUAAGUGAGGUGGAUCAGGAAAGAGAAAUGUGGUUAAAUUCCUUCUACAAGGCACCACUAAGACUGCCUAUGCCUGCUGAGCUUGAACAUUGGUGGUCCAAAGAUCAUUUUCCGGAAUUUGUUCUCAUCAACAAGGAACCAGAGCCUGAUCCAAAAGAUCCAUCAAAGCUUAUAUAUACUGAAGAUCCCCUCAUACUACACACACCAACCGGAAUGCUAAUAAACUAUAUCGAGGAUGAGAAGUAUGGGCUUCGCUUAUUUUGGCAGCCACCUCUGAAAGAUGGGGAAGAUAUUGACCCAGAAAAGGUUCAAUUCCUACCCCUAGGGUAUGAUGAGUUUUUUGGAAGAGAUGUGACUGUGAAGAAAGAGAACAUAUGGAUGCGUAUCAUCCAAGCGCUAGAAAAUACGUUCAAGCCAUGGUAUGAUAAAGUAGAGAAAUGGGCUGAAGAGAAGAAGAGAGCUUCAGAGAUGAAGAUGAAGCUGAUAGAAAAAGAACUUGAACUAAUAGAGGCUGAAUUGUGUCUGGAAGAGGCCAUCGAGGACAUGGAUGAGGAGUUGAAAAGGAGAGAGAAAGAGGAGGAGGAGAAGGUGAAAGUGGACUUGCAGGGUAAAGAGGAUACUUCUGCAUUGAACAACCAGGACAAGAGAUCUGCAUUGGAACAGGAGGAAGAGGAGGAAGACGAAGACGAAGACGAGGACGAGGACGAUGUUGAUGUUGCGCCUUCAAGUUUUGGGUCUGUUGGUACGGAUAAGGACCCAACAAGGAAUGACCAGAAAGGAAACAAACCGGGAAAAUCUCCAUUUUCAACAUCUUCACUGUCAUUUGCUUCUAGUAGCCUUAUUUCAGGGGUGCCAUUGAUGCUACAACGAUCAUUCUUGGCAUGGAAGAAGGGUAGAUCAGGGUUAAGGGCAGCUUCUCCAUUGGAGGUUGAGGCCCCUAGUGGCCUCCCGGAAACAGUUGUCUCGGUCAGUUUUCCUCCAGUUUUUGGCUCAAGAGGACGCUUGAGAGCUAUAGUGGAGGAUCGUGGGAAAGUCCAAGUACAAAGCCACUCAAAUGUAAGAUUGUCUCAACUGCGUUCGCUAUCUCAAAUUCUAUCACGUUCAUCAGGCUCUGUGAAAUCCAAAAGAAGCCUUACAGAGGCAAGAAGAAUGAGCAAUGGUUGGCUGCAUAAAGCACCGGUGAGGGAUUUUGACAGUAUAUUGUCUUUGCACACACCUGAACAUUAUUUGGAACCGUAUAGGAAGACAAUAUGUGGUGAGCCAAUGUCUCUUUCUCUUUAACAUUUUGCAAUUGCCGAGUUUUGGCCAAUUUUUAUUGAAUACUUUAGCUUUUCCUGGUUUAAGGCGAUUAACGAAAACCAGAAAAUGAAAACCCUUUGGAUUCACAUGUUA